AUGGAGGUCACUUCGCCCGCCGUGCCGAGCCCUGGAGCUUCCGCCAACGGCGUAACAUCCUCCCCGACCUUCCCUACUAUCGAACCGGAACGCGUUGUCGAACAUCUCGCCUCCGUCUGCGAGGUCGCACUUGGAGCUACACGAGAUGAACUCGAACAAGUGGGAAGCUUGCUGCAUAAGUCCCGCUAUAGCGAGACUAUUUCACGAUGCACACGCUUUGCGAGCGAUACUCAGAAUGUGCUUUACAUCCAGAAAGAUUUCGCAAAUUCAUCUGCAGUUGAGCCUGGAGCCGACCCUUCUUCGCCCGUCUCUUACAACUACACCUUGUCGACCGAGAUCUCAUCGUCCCCGACGACUGUCGCUUCCCUUGUCCUCAUCAAGUCUCCCCAGCCUAUAGACCCAGCUCGACCCCUUACAUCUCAAAUAUUUAUUACUAAUUUGCCUGGUCCUGCAUCUCUCAACGCUGGAGUUGGAGAACAGGGCUCGGUACUCUCUCCUUGGGAGGUUCUUCAUUCUCAGGUCCACCAUGCCCUGGUACCCUACUUUGAUGCCAAUACUAAGAGCCAACAACUGGCGAACGGAUCAAGAGGUCGAGCUGAUGUUGAUGCAAAGACUGGAAUCCCUGUAACGAAGAAGCGAUUGAACGAUUUGGAACUGAGCUUGCUGCAUCUCCAGCAGAACGUCGAUAUCCCCGAGAUAUCCCUUACGUUUCAUUCUAUCGUUCAGAAUGUCCUCGAUGAGGCCGAGGCUCACAACAACCGGCCAUCCAUCGAUGGAAUUCCACAGAACCUUCUCCAGGACAGUACCUUUCUCAACCGAUUGCAAGCAAACGUGAACACCUGGAUUAAGUCUAUCCAAGGAAUCACCAAGCUGACCAAGGACCCUUCAUCGAAUGCGAACCAGGAGUUUAGCACCGCGAGCCAGGAAGUCAAUUUCUGGUUGUCCAUGGAGUCAGCUCUGGAGGGCAUCGAGGGCCAGCUCCGUAGUGAGGGCGUGCUCUUGACGCUGGAAAUUCUCAAGCACGCCAAGCGUUUUCAGGCCACCGUCAGUUUCACGGCUGACACUGGUUUGAAAGAGGCUAUGGAUAAGGUACAGAAGUACAACCAGCUUAUGCGAGAUUUCCCCCUCGACGAGUUGCUGUCUGCUACUUCUCUGCCGAAAGUAGGGGAAGCCAUUCAUCAGAUCUUCAGCCAUCUGAACAAGAAGCUGAGGAUCUGCCCUUAUCCUAUCCGCAGGGCUCUUCCUCUUGUCGAAGCCAUCUCUGCUGAUCUCGAUGAUGUGCUUCAUAGGCUGUUGACAGGAACUGAAUUGGUUAAUCUGGAUUAUCAGCAAUUCAAAAACAUCAUGCAAACAUGUGACCAGAUUUUCCAAAUUUGGGAAGAAAACGUCAAGGAGUUCACCAACGUAGCUCGUGAGGUGACCCGACGAAGAAACGAGAAGUUCAUUCCCAUCAAGAUUGUCAAGAAGCAUUCCGAACUUGAGGCGAGAAUCAAGUAUGUCAGCACUUUCCGCGACAACCACGAGCAGCUCCAGCGUACGAUCGUCACCGUCCUGGGCCCCCAAGCAACUAUUCCUGGCGUUACCGAGGCCACCGAAUUCAAUGGCAUCAUUGUUGAAGAGAUUGGUAACGUCGAUGCUGUGGAGGAAGUUAAGCAGGCUUGGGAGGCUCUUCAGAACGUUGAUCUUCUGGAUGUUACAGACCAGGGCAAGGAACGAUGGGUACGAGCCGAGAACCUCUACAACGAGCGUACGACCCGUGUAGAGAAUUCCAUCAUCCGCAGACUUCGAGAGCGACUGGCUACAGCAAAGACUGCCAACGAGAUGUUCCGAGUAUUCUCCAAAUUCAACGCCCUUUUCGUGCGCCCAAAGAUUCGUGGCGCAAUUCAGGAAUACCAGAACCAGCUUAUGGACCACGUCAAGCAAGCGAUCAACGGCCUCCACGAGCGGUUCAAGCAACAGUAUGGUCAUUCAGAAACUCACGCUAUGGCUCAACUACGCGAUCUCCCUCCUGUUUCGGGUGCUAUCAUCUGGGCUCGUCAGAUUGAGUUCCAGCUUGAUGGAUACAUGCGAAAGGUUGAAGCUGUUCUCGGCCCAGACUGGACUCUGCACGCCGAAGGUCAUAAGCUUCAGGAGGAGAGUGAACUCUUCAAGCAGAAGCUCGACACGAGCCGAAUCUACGAUGCCUGGCUAAAUGACGUCGGACGACGCAAGAUUUCAAUUUCAGGGCAGCUUUUCGAUAUUGCUCGUGUAAGAUCCGCUGGUGGUAUUCUCGAGCUUGCUGUGAACUUUGACCCGCAAGUCAUCACCUUGUUCAAGGAGACUCGUAAUCUUACUUGGCAAUCGUACUCAGUCCCACAUGCUGUGACGACUGUAUCCAAGGAUGCGAAGCGAGUCUAUCCCUAUGCUGUUAGCCUCAUGGAGAGUGUGAGAACCCUUUCACAGACUCUGCGUCAGAUUUCUGCCAUGGGAGAGGAGUCUGUCCUUCUUAAUGGGUAUCGAAAUGAUGUGUACAGGCUCAUCGGGGAGGGUGUCCCGCUACGAUGGGAAUCCUUCAUCAACUCGCACGAGUUAUUCUACUCUGAAAAUAGACAGACUCGCCCCUUGCUACCUGGUGGAACUGAUUUCGGUCUGGCCAAGAAUACUGAGAGCAAGCAUGGUAUGUUUAUCCGUGGAUUUGCAGCAGCUGUAUCAGUUCUCCAGCAGAAGGCGGUCUCUUUGAACUUCAUCCAUACCACUGUUGAACAAGCCCUGAAGGAACUCAACACUUGCCCCUAUGACGAAGCUGCGUUCCAUGGUCGCCUGGAUACGAUUCAAUCGGCCGUGGAUCAACUGAACUUGGAACAAUAUGUCAACCUGGACUUCUGGGUGCGAGAGCUAAACGCCAAGAUUCAGUCUAUCCUCCUGACGCGCCUUCAGAGUGCAGUUCACUCGUGGAUCGCCGCAUUUGAGGAUGAUACACCCGAAGAGGAAACUCGCCGAAAAACCAAUACUGAUGAGACUAAGUCCGAAACUCCCACAAUGAAGCGUCUUGUUCUUGAAGUGGUCAUGCGUAACCAAGUAAUCUAUCUUGACCCUCCUCUGGAGUUUGCGCGUGCGAGCUGGUUCCUUCACCUUCACGAGUGGCUUGGAAUUGUCUGCAAUCUCCGCAAGAUCAAGGCCACCCGUUAUCAGAUGAGCCUCACCACUGCUGCUCACGAUGAGGCUCGGUUUACCGACCUGCCGACCGAAUGCGCCGGACUUCUGCAGCGUGUUUAUAUUUCUGUUGAAAAGAAGCUUCAGGAAAUUAGCGCGUAUGUUGACAAGUGGCUUCAGUUUCAGUCACUCUGGGACCUUCAAUCUGAACAAGUUUACGAUGCUCUCGGCGAGCCACUCCCUCGAUGGCUACAGCUUUUACAGGAUCUCCGCAAAAACCGCUCAACCUUUGACACGCAGGAGGUCAGCCGGGAAUUUGGACAUCUCACUGUUGACUAUGAUCAAGUGCAGACCAAGGUCAACGCGAAGUAUGACCAGUGGCAACAUGAGAUUCUGAUGAAGUUCGCCAGCCGCCUUGGCAAUCGCAUGCGCGACAUUAAUGCGGAGAUUGAGAAGGCGCGCAAACAUCUCGAGAGCCAAAGCUCUGAUGCUUCAUCAACUGCACAGGCCGUGCAAUUCAUAACAGUCGUUCAGAGUUGCAAACGCAACGUGAAAACAUGGGCGCCCGAGAUUGAUAUGUUUCGCCAAGGACAAUCCAUGCUCGUAAGACAACGAUACCAGUUCCCUAAUGACUGGCUUCACAUUGAGCAGAUAGACAGCCAGUGGGAGGCUUUGAAGGAGAUUCUUGAGAAGAAGUCAAGAAUCGUUCAAGAACAAAGCGAUGCUUUAAGAGCCAAGAUCACUGCUGAGGAUAAGUUGGUUAACGAACGCAUUGCCGAGAUUGCCGCCCAAUGGAAUGAAGAGAAGCCAGUGUCUGGCACCAUUCAACCUGACGUUGCUUCCGCUACCUUGUCCUCCUUCGAGGCUCGCAUCUCGAAGUUGCAGGACGAUGCCCAAAUGGUUGUCAAGGCUAAAGAGGCACUGGAUAUCCCCGCUAGCAUGGAUACUUCUCUUGAGUCCACUCUAGAGGAGGUACGAGAUUUUCAGUCUGUUUGGUCAAACCUUUCUACUAUAUGGGCGAGUCUCAAUGAAACACGCGAUAUCCUCUGGACUGCUGUUCAACCACGAAAGAUCCGUUCCAAGGUCGAUGACCUUAUCAAGAGUACCAAGGACAUGCCCAGCAGGAUGCGUCAGUAUGCCGCUUUCGAGCAUGUGCAGGGCAUUCUGCGUGGCUUCCUCAAGGUCAACCCCAUCCUAUCCGACCUGAAGUCUGACGCUAUCCGUGAGCGUCACUGGGUCAAGAUCUAUAAACAGAUUAAGCCCCAGAAGCGAUUUUCUCCUAGCUCCAUGACUCUUGGUGAUGUUUGGGAUCUUAACCUGAUUGCCACCGAAGUCAUCGUCAAAGACAUUAUUGCCCAAGCCCAGGGUGAGAUGGCCCUCGAAGAAUUCCUAAAGCAAGUUCGCGAGACUUGGCAAAACUACGCAUUGGAGAUGGUCAACUAUCAAAACAAGAUCCGUCUCAUUCGCGGCUGGGACGAUCUUUUUGCCAAGUGCAGCGAAAACCUCAACUCACUUCAGGCGAUGAAGCACUCCCCUUACUACAAAGAGUUCGAGGAAGAAGCUGUGUCUUGGGAAGACAAGCUCAACCGUGUUCAUGUGCUCUUUGAUGUCUGGAUUGAUGUCCAGCGUCAGUGGGUUUACCUCGAGGGUGUCUUCACUGGUAACGCUGAUAUCAAGCACCUCCUCCCUAUUGAGUCUGGACGCUUCCAGAACAUCAACAGCGAGUUCCUGGCUGUUAUGAAGAAAGCCAACAAGUCACCAUACGUAUUGGAAGUUCUCAACAUUCCCAACGUGCAGAAGUCAUUGGAACGACUGGCUGAAAUGCUUAACAAGAUCCAGAAGGCUCUUGGCGAGUAUCUGGAGAAGGAACGUGUUUCAUUCCCACGAUUCUACUUCGUGGGUGACGAAGACUUGCUCGAGAUGAUUGGUAACAGUAACGACACGUUACGCAUUGCCAAGCACUUCAAGAAAAUGUUUGCGGGUCUCUCGGGGCUCGUCAUGGACGAUGAGACUGUUAUAUCUGGCUUCACUUCCAAAGAAGGUGAGGUGGUUCGGCUGAAGAAGGAGAUUUCUUUGGCGAAAACCCCCAAGAUCAACGACUGGCUAGCCCUUUUGGAGGGUGGCAUGAAGUUGACCCUUGCUGAGCUCCUCGCCGAGGCUGUCGAUCAUUACACCCCUAUCUUCGAAUCAGAGAAGAUUGAUCGUGAUGCAUUAAAUGCGUUCAUGGAUGCCUAUCCCAGUCAGAUUGUAGUUCUAGCCACGCAAGUUGCCUGGACCACAGCUGUCGAACAGUCCCUAUCUGCUGGCGGCAGCACAUUGAAGAUGCUGUUUGAUCGGGAGGUCGAAGUUCUUCGUGUGCUUGCAGACACCGUCCUUGGCGAACUCGAAGUUAUCCUGAGGAAGAAAUGUGAACAGCUGAUUACAGAAUGUGUCCACCAGCGUGAUACCAUCGAAAAGCUUCUCAACGCCAAUGCUAAUUCCACCAGCCAUUACCUAUGGCAGCUACAAAUGAGAUACAUCUACAAUCCUGAUGGCGAGUUCCUCGACCGCCUUGACAUCAAGAUGGCCAAUGCCAAACUCAACUAUGGUUUCGAAUACCUGGGAGUUCCGGAACGUCUUGUUCGCACCCCGCUGACUGAUCGUUGUUUCCUUACUCUUACUCAAGCUUUGUGCCAACGUCUUGGUGGUUCUCCUUAUGGACCCGCUGGUACGGGUAAGACAGAGUCAGUCAAGGCUCUCGGUGUGCAGCUGGGUAGAUUCACCCUUGUCUUUUGCUGUGACGACACUUUCGAUUUCCAAGCUAUGGGCCGCAUUUUCCUUGGUAUUUGCCAGGUUGGUGCUUGGGGUUGCUUCGACGAGUUCAAUCGUCUGGAAGAACGAAUCCUCUCGGCCGUCUCUCAACAGAUUCAGAACAUUCAGCUGGGCCUGAAGCAAGGUGCUGAAGAUGACCAGUCGCAAAUUGAGUUGGUCGGCCGCCAGCUCCAUGUCAACGAAAACACAGGUAUCUUUAUCACCAUGAACCCCGGCUACGCUGGUCGUUCCAAUCUGCCCGACAACUUGAAGAAGCUUUUCCGAAGUGUCGCCAUGUCCAAGCCAGAUAAGGAGCUCAUCGCCGAAGUUAUGCUUUACUCCCAAGGCUUUAAUCAAGCCAAGCAACUAUCCAAACACACGGUUCCCUUCUUUGACCAGUGUUCUGGCAAGCUGUCCAAGCAAGCGCAUUACGAUUUCGGCCUGCGUGCGCUGAAGAGUGUUCUUGUCAGUUCCGGUGGUCUAAAACGUGCUCGUCUAGGUGCGGGCAGUCUUGGAGCCGAAGAGGUCGUCGAACCCGAAAUUCUUGUGCAAAGUAUCCGAGAAACCAUUGCACCUAAGCUGAUCAAGUCCGAUGUUGACAUCAUGAUGACUAUUGAAGCCGAUUGCUUUCCUGGUGUGCAGUACGUUCCAGCCAACCUUGUGGAACUGGAAGAUGCCAUCCGAACCCUCGCUGCCGAACGUCACCUUGUAGUCAACGAGCUUUGGAUGACAAAGGUUCUCCAGCUGUACCAGAUUCAGAAGAUCCACCACGGUGUGAUGAUGGUCGGCAACUCUGGCUCUGGAAAAUCCGCAGCCUGGAGACUUUUGCUUGAUGCACUCCAGAAGGUCGAGGGCGUUGAGGGCGUCUCACAUGUCAUCGACUCCAAGGUCAUGUCCAAGGAGGCUCUGUACGGAAACCUCGACUCUACCACUCGUGAGUGGACCGAUGGUCUGUUCACUAGCAUUCUCCGAAAGAUCGUCGACAACCUCCGUGGUGAGGAUUCCAAGCGACACUGGAUUGUCUUUGAUGGUGAUGUUGAUCCUGAGUGGGUUGAAAAUUUGAACAGUGUUCUUGACGACAACAAGCUUCUCACGCUUCCCAACGGAGAACGCCUCAAUCUACCCUCCAACGUCCGAAUCAUGUUUGAAGUCGAGACGCUCAAAUAUGCAACCCUGGCUACUGUCAGUCGUUGCGGCAUGGUCUGGUUUAGUGAGGACACUGUAUCACCCAACAUGAUGGUUGAAAACUAUCUGUCCACUCUUAGCAGCGUCCCCUUCGAGGACUUGGAUGAAGACAGCGUUGCCACCGGUCAGAACCCUGCUAAGACUCUGUCUGUGCAAAGUGAGUUCGCUGCCUUGCUUCGUAUCUAUCUUACCGAGGAGGAUCUCAUUCUCCAGGCCUUGAAGCGAGCCGAGGCCUACAACCACAUCAUGGAGUUUACAGUCGCACGCGUUUUGACUACCCUUUUCUCACUGCUCAAUAAAGCAGUUCGUGAUGCAAUUGAAUACAAUGGCCAGCAUUCCGACUUCCCUCUCGAGUCUGAACAGAUCGAAGCGUUCAUCUCAAAGAAGCUUCUCUUGGCACUCGUUUGGGCCCUCACGGGUGAUUGCCCCCUAAAUGACAGAAAGGCCUUCGGCGACGAGCUUUGUGCUUUGGCAAACUUUGGCUCACCUCCUCUUGACGGCACAAGCUCACUCAUCGACUUCGAUGUUACUUUGCCUAAAUCUGAAUGGGCGCCAUGGCAAAACCAGGUUCCUUCUGUGGAGGUCAACACUCAUUCUAUCACCCAGACCGAUGUGGUCAUUCCUACUCUGGAUACUGUUCGCCACGAAGAUGUUCUGUACUCGUGGCUUGCCGAGCACAAGCCCCUACUCCUCUGCGGUCCUCCUGGUUCUGGUAAGACAAUGACUUUAUUCAGUGCACUUCGGAAGCUGCCAAACAUGGAGGUCGUCGGCCUGAACUUCUCAAGUGCAACCACACCCGAUCUGCUCAUCAAGACCUUUGAGCAAUACUGCGAGUACAAGAAGACACUGAACGGUGUGAUGCUAUCCCCAACCCAAAUCGGUCGAUGGCUUGUUGUUUUCUGUGAUGAGAUCAACUUGCCCGCACCAGACAAAUAUGGAACUCAACGCGCCAUAUCCUUCCUGCGCCAAAUGGUAGAGCACAAUGGUUUCUGGCGAACGUCCGAUAAGUCCUGGGUUACACUCGACCGCAUUCAAUUUGUUGGUGCUUGCAAUCCUCCUACAGAUGCUGGACGUACCCCUAUGGGUGCUCGAUUCCUCCGACACGCACCUCUGAUCAUGGUCGACUAUCCUGGUGAACUGUCCCUCAACCAAAUCUACGGCACUUUCAAUUCCGCUGUUCUCAAGAUCGUUCCGUCUCUCAGGGGAUACUCUGAGGCUCUUACUCAUGCCAUGGUUCGCUUCUAUCUCGAAUCUCAACAGAGGUUCACGCCAAAGAUUCAACCCCACUAUGUAUACAGUCCCCGUGAGCUAACGCGAUGGGUUCGUGGCGUUUACGAAGCCAUCCGACCUCUGGAGGCCUUAUCUAUUGAAGGUCUAAUUCGAAUCUGGGCUCACGAAGCUCUUCGUCUGUUCCAGGAUCGUCUGGUCGCCGAAGACGAGCGACAGUGGACCGACGAAAGCGUGCGCCGCAUUGCACUUGAAUACUUUCCCAAUAUCGACGAGGAGAAGGCCCUGGGAGGGCCUAUUCUGUUCUCUAACUGGUUAUCCAAGAAUUACGUUCCGGUUGAUCGCGAACAGCUAAGAGAUUUUGUCAAGGCGAGAUUGAAGACCUUUUGCGAAGAGGAGGUGGAUGUUCCUCUAAUUCUGUUCAAUGACGUCUUGGAGCAUGUGCUGCGCAUUGAUCGUGUCUUCCGACAGCCCCAAGGUCAUCUUAUCUUGAUUGGUGUGAGUGGUAGUGGCAAAACCACCUUGUCUCGUUUCGUGGCCUGGAUGAAUGGUCUCAAAGUCUUCCAGAUCAAGGUCCAUGGCAAGUAUUCUGCUGAGGACUUUGAUGAUGAUCUUCGAGACGUUCUUCGUCGUUGUGGCUGCAAGGGCGAGAAGAUUUGCUUUAUCAUGGACGAGUCAAACGUUUUGGAUUCAGGAUUUCUCGAAAGAAUGAACACCCUCCUCGCCAACGCUGAAGUGCCCGGUCUUUUUGAGGGUGACGAAUACGCUGCUCUUAUGACAGCAUGCAAGGAGGGUGCUCAGCGACAAAACCUGCACCUUGACUCCCCAGAAGAGUUGUAUAAGUGGUUUACCCAGCAAAUUGUGAAGAACCUACAUGUCGUCUUCACCAUGAACCCACCCGAGGACGGUCUCUCUUCCAAGGCUGCUACCAGUCCCGCCUUGUUCAACCGUUGUGUUCUCAAUUGGUUCGGUGACUGGUCUGACCAAGCCCUUUUCCAGGUCGGCCAUGAGCUCACCCAGUCUAUUGACCUGGACCGAAGCAAUUUCGAAUGCCCUGAUACCGUUCCUGUGGCCUAUCGUGGCCUGCAGCUGCCUCCAUCCCAUCGCGAGACAGUUGUCAACUCUAUGGUUUACAUUCAUUACUCUUUGCAGCGGUACAAUGAGAAGCUAUUCAAGCAACAGGGCAAGGUCACUUUCCUGACCCCUCGUCACUUCCUCGAUUUCGUUGCCCAGUACGUCAAGCUUUAUAACGAGAAACGGGAGGAUCUCGAAGAACAGCAACGCCACUUGAAUGUUGGCCUGGAGAAGCUCCGAGACACUGUCGACAAGGUUCGAGAUCUUAGAGUGAGCCUGGCAGAGAAGAAGAAACAACUAGAGCAGAAGGAUGCUGAGGCCAAUGAGAAGCUGCAGCGAAUGGUGGCUGAUCAGCGACUGGCGGAGCAAGAAAAGACCGCAUCGCUUGAGAUCCAGGCUGCUUUGGAUAAGCAAGAAGUCGAGGUUGCGUCGCGGAAGAAGGUUGUACUGGAGGAUCUGGCUAAGGCAGAACCUGCGGUCGAGGAAGCAAAGGCUAGCGUCAGUAACAUCAAGCGGCAACACUUGACUGAAGUCAGGUCCAUGGGCAAUCCACCUCAAGGUGUGCGACUUGCUAUGGACGCUGUGUGUACGCUUCUUGGUCACAGGAUCAACGACUGGAAGGCCGUACAGGGUAUCGUACGAAAGGACGAUUUCAUCGCUAGCAUUCUCAUGUUCGACAACGCCAGGCAGAUGACCAAGGCUCUGAGAAACAAGAUGCGUAACGAUUUCCUGUCCAACCCUGAAUUCACAUUCGAGAAGGUCAAUCGUGCCUCGAAGGCUUGCGGACCCCUCGUUCAAUGGGUUAGCGCUCAAGUCAACUACUUCGACAUUCUUGAUCGUGUUGGCCCUCUCAAGCUCGAGGUCGAGGAAUUGGAGGAGAAAGCUCUGAACACCAAGGCAGACGCCAAGGCUGUGCAGAACAAGAUUGCAGACCUGGAAUCUAGCAUCAAUAGGUACAAGACGGAAUAUGCUGCGCUGAUUAGCGAGACACAAUCCAUCAAAGCUGAGAUGUCGAAGGUCCAGUUCAAGGUCGAUCGCAGUGUCAGGCUUCUCGACAGCUUGUCUUCGGAACGAGUUCGCUGGGAAGAGGGCAGCAAGUCUUUCGAGAUCCAAAUCAGCACAUUGGUCGGAGAUGUCCUUGUUGCUGCUGCUUUCUUGGCCUAUAGCGGUCUCUAUGACCAAACCUUCCGAAAGUUGAUGAUGGAUGAUUGGUUCCACCAGCUUCACCUCUCUGGUAUACAUUACAAAUCCCCUAACCCUGUCACGGAAUACUUGUCGACUGCAGAUGAACGUCUGGGUUGGCAAGAGAACACUCUUCCCGUCGAUGACUUAUGCACAGAGAAUGCCAUUAUUCUCAAGCGCUUCAACCGUUACCCUCUCAUCAUUGACCCCUCAGGACGAGUCACAGAGUUUCUGCAGAGAGAGUGCAAAGAUCGACGCCUGACAGUGACCAGUUUCUUGGAUGAUACCUUUACCAAGCAACUCGAGAGUUCUCUGCGGUUCGGAAACCCCAUCCUCAUCCAGGAUGCGGAGCAUUUGGAUCCCAUUCUCAACCACGUCCUCAACAAGGAAUACCAGAAGACAGGUGGCCGUGUCCUCAUUCAACUAGGCAAGCAGGAGAUCGAUUUUUCGCCUGCCUUCAAGAUCUAUCUGUCCACUCGUGACCCAUCAGCUACUUUCGCUCCUGAUAUUUGCAGUCGAACCACUUUUGUCAACUUUACUGUCACACAGAGCAGUUUGCAGACACAGUCUCUUAACGAUGUACUUAAGUCUGAGCGUCCUGAUGUUGAUGAACGGCGUUCCAACCUCAUCAAGCUUCAGGGAGAGUUCAAGGUCCAUCUGCGACAGCUGGAGAAACGACUACUUCAGGCCCUCAACGAGUCUCGUGGCAACAUUCUUGAUGAUGACAACGUCAUUGAAACUCUAGAGACUCUCAAGACUGAGGCUGCAGAAAUUUCUGGCAAGAUGAGCAGCACCGAAGGUGUCAUGGCUGAAGUCGAGGAGAUUACACAACAGUACAGUAUCGUCGCCCGAUCCUGUAGUGCCGUCUUUGCUGUUCUUGAACAACUCCAUUACCUCAACCACUUCUACCAAUUCUCGCUCCAGUACUUCCUGGACAUUUUCCAGUCGGUGCUCCACGGCAACAAAAAUUUGGCUGGCCAGACUGACCACAAUGUCCGGCGUGAUGUUAUCGUCAAGGAUCUUUUCAUCAACACGUUCAAGCGAACCGCUCUGGGUCUGCUCCAGAAGGAUCGGGUGACUCUUGGGAUGCUCCUCGCGCAGGCCUCUCCCUACAAGAUGGACAAGUCUUUGAUUGACAUCGUCCUCGAUAACCGUGUUGAAGGUAAGGACCUGUCUUCAGAUCCAGAUGAGAGAGAUCAGGCCUUCACCCAGGCUAAGAAGAUCGGUGUUCUCAAGGAAAAGCUCGACGCCGUCUCUGCUCAGGACUGGGACAAGUUCUUUACCGAGGAGUUAGCCGAGAACGCUGUACCACAGAUCUGGGAUGACAAGACUGAGCUCAUGGAUCAAGCACUCCUGUCUCUUCUACUCGUAAAGCUUUUCAGGAUGGACCGGUUUGUUCCUGCUGCUGAACGUUUCGUCAACGAAGUUUUUGGCUCGGGCAUCUUCGAUGUCGUCGAAGACCUCAAAGAGACAGUCACUCAAGUGUCGGCUACCCUGCCAAUCUCUCUGGUGUCGAGCCCCGGUUUCGAUGCCAGUUACAAGGUGGAUAAUUUGGUGGAGAGAAUGCGUGUCAAGUGCACAAACAUUGCCAUGGGUUCCAACGAAGGUCUGGCCAGUGCAGACAAAGCAAUCAGCAACGCCGCUCAAACGGGCUCAUGGGUCUUGGUCAAGAACGUUCAUUUGGCCCCUACCUGGCUGCAGAGUCUGGAGAAGCGUAUGGGGUCACUCAACCCCCACUCAGACUUCCGUCUGUUCCUGUCCAUGGAGUCAAGCCCAAAGAUCCCAGUCAACUUGCUCCGGGCUUCUCGCGUACUCAUGUACGAGCAACCCGCUGGUGUCAGGGCCAACAUGAAGGACUCUAUGUCUUCCCUGUCCACACGAGCUACCAAGAGCCCUGUCGAGAGAACUCGUCUUUACUUGCUUCUAUCUUUCUUGCAUGCAGUGGUGCAAGAAAGAUUGCGAUACGCACCCAAUCUGGGUUGGAGGGGAUUCUGGGAGUUUAACGAUAGUGAUUAUGAAUGUUCUGCUUUCAUCGUUGAUACUUGGAUUGACGGCGUGGCUGGUAACCGGACCAAUAUUGCUCCCCAGAACAUUCCUUGGGAGAUGCUCCGCUACAUGGUGACUGAGACUUACGGUGGCAAGAUCGAUAACGAAGGGGACUUUAGACUACUCUCUCAACUCGUCACGUCAUUCCUGACUCCUGCCGCCUACGAAGUUGACCACAAACUCGUUGAUGGGCCUGACGGCGGCCUUGUUGUGCCCUCCGGUACCAAUCUGCAGGACUUCAACGCUUGGAUUCACCGCUUGCCCGAGCGUGAGCCGCCUACCUACCUUGGCCUUCCUGCCAAUGCUGAGAAACUUCUUCUUGGCGAUCUUGGUCGAAGUUUGAUUGGGAACGUCCGCAAGGUUACAGAACUACUUGAUGAAGGCGAGCAGUUGGUGACGGAAGUGUAGGAUUGGACACCUAAUAAUGUGCCCAGAGUGCAUGAGAUAUGGACUGGAUGCUGACGGGAAGAUUUAUAUAAUUGCUACUCCAUUUAUGUCUAGCCUGCAGAGGGCGCAAUGUUCCUUUGACUUUUCUAUUUGUUUCAUUAGAUGUGGCAUCAAGCAUGGCGUGCGGAUGAGGAAGUUGCUGGUACUGAAAGACUACUGCUGAUUAUACCCCUGCAUCAUAUAGACUGGGUUUGUCUGUCUUGUUCUGUUUGAUUGUACUAUCUACACCAUUGAAUUCGUCUACUGCGGCCUAAAAUCGG